UCAGGUCGAACUUUAAGUGAUCUGUCCGGCAUGCGCUCCUCUGCUUCAGUGUUAGCUAUUUUAACAUUCGGAAUGUGCGUGUCCUGUUGAAAUCCAAGAAGUGAUCUUCUACAGGUAAAUCAAGGCCCCCUCAGACAUGGAGAACGGAGCAUCUGAAAAUGUUGUAGAUGAUGAGGAGGCUCAGUGGGACAAUGUGGAAAAGAACCGGUACAUUCUAUGCCGCUACAUUAACCCCUGCAAGCUGACGUCUUAUCUAAGACAGUGUAAGGCCAUCGAUGAGCAGGAUGAAGAUGAGGUGCUACACUCUCUACUGCUGGAGACAAAGACUAACCGUGCAGGUCGGCUAUUGGAUAUCCUUCACACCAAAGGUGAACGGGGCUACGUGGUCUUCCUGGAAAGCCUGGAGUUAUACUACCCUGAUUUGUACAAAAUGGUGACAGGCAAGGAGCCUACUCGCCGCUGUGCUUCUAUAGUAGUGGAAGAGGGUCAUGAGGGCCUCACUCAGUUCCUGAUGAAUGAGGUGAUGAAACUGCAGCAGCAGGCCAAGGUGAAGGACGUGCAGCGGGUGGACAUGAUGGCCAAGCAGCGCACACUGGAGGAUGAGCAAAAGAAGCUUCGCCUGGCUAACCAGGAGCUGCGCACCUUCCAGGAGCGCUACAACAAGAUGAAGGAAGAGCGCAACAACUGCAAUGAUGAGCUCAUUAAGGUCAAGGAUGACAACUACCAGCUUGCCAUGCGCUAUGCCCAGCUCAGUGAGGAGAAGAACAUGGCCGUCAUGAGGAGCAGGGACCUGCAGCUGGAGAUUGACCAGCUGAAGCACAAGCUGAACAAGGUGGAGGAGGAGUGUAAAAUGGAGAGGAGACAGUCUCUGAAACUGAAGAAUGAUAUUGAGAACCGGCCUCGCAAAGAACAGAUCUAUGAGCUGGAGCGAGAAAACGAAGUUCUGAAGAUUCACCUCCAGGAGCUGCAGUCAAUCAUACAGCCUGGGCCCCUGACGGACUCGGACAAGGCCCUGCGAGACAUUCUGGAGCAUGACCGACAGGAGGCUCUGGAAGAUCGACAAGAACUGGUCAACCGACUCUACAACCUGCAUGAAGAAGUACGGCAGGCAGAGGAACUCAGAGACAAGUACCUUGAGGAGAAGGAGGACCUUGAACUGAAGUGCUCCACUCUGGUAAAGGAUUGUGAGAUGUAUAAGAACCGUAUGAACACCAUCAUGGUUCAACUUGAGGAGGUGGAACGUGAGCGGGACCAGGCUUUUAAGGCAAGAGAUGAAGCCCAGAACCAGGUGUCUCAAUGUCUCAUUGAUAAAGACAAGUACCGUAAGCAAAUACGGGAGCUGGAGGAGAAGAGUGAUGAGCUGUACAUUGAUAUAAUGCGCAAAGAUGUUAAGAUAGUUAACUUGGAGUCCAAGCUGAGGCGUCUUUCAAAGGAAAAUGGUUUUGACCCUAACCAGAGUUUGCCCCGAGACCUUCCUCAGACAAUCAUAUUUCAGCACUUUGAGUCUCAAGGCACCAAGAUGGAGGGGCCAUCUGAGGACUCUGAGGAGGAGGCCCAUGAAGACAUGUUUCGUCCUGCCCCGAGUGAUGUCAAAUUCAAGCGCAGACCAAACCUCAAAGGGUUCCCAUACCCUCCCCAGAUAAGAGCGAAAUCACCAAUCUCUCCACCCAAAUCAUUGGAUUUUCAAGCUGUGCCACAUGCCAAUGGGGACCUGUCCGAUGCUGUGAGCGCUGACGCCAGCCCUGUAAUGACGAGUUCAGCUUUUGGCCCAUAUGCCCGUUUCCGGAAUGACAGUAUUAUGUCCACAGCUGCUGAACCUCCAGAAAAGGCCUCCAUCCUCAGAAGAACAAAGGAGGGAGAGCACGAGUUUGUGCCCAAAUGCCGAGAUUCGGUGGACUCCGAUGGGGACUACGUAGAUAUUGAUGAUACGGACACGGUCUCAUAUGGCCCUCCAUCCAUCCACUCCUCCUCAUCCUCUCAUCAGUCUGAGGGCAUGGAUUCCUAUGACCUGGAGCAAGUCAACAACAUCUUCAGAAAGUUUUCACUGGAGAGGCCCUUCCGUCCCUCCCUUACAUCCUGUGCACGCUCCAGUACUUUGCGGCCCGUGCAGGAUCUCUCUCUCCCUGGAGACUCUCUGCUGUCAGACAUUACUCUUAUUGGGGGCAAUGACAGCGGCAUCUUUGUGUCCUUUGUCCUCCCCGGCUCCAGCACAGAGAGGGCUGGCCUAAGAAUGGGACACCACCUUUUAAUGCUGAAGGGCUGUAUCCGGGGUGAGAUGCAAAGCGUGCCUCUGGACACUUGCACACAGGAAGAAGCUCACUGGACACUGCAGAGAUGCACCGGCAUGGUCCAGCUUCACUAUAGAUGCAACUUUGAGGGCUACAGGCGGCUGCAGAAGGACAUGGAGGAGGGCAGAGUGGUGUCGGGCGAUUCAUUCUACAUCCGGGUGAACCUUAACAUCUCGGGCCAACUCGACAGCUGCUCUCUGAGUGUGCAUUGUGACGAGGUACUCCACGUGCUGCACACCAGGCACCUUGGUCGCUGUGAGUGGCUGUGUGCACGUGUGGACUCACUCACUGACAAGGAUCUGGAGAAGGGCACCAUACCCAGCUAUAGCAGGGCCCAGCAGCUCCUCCUGGUAAAAAUCCAGAAGUUAAUGUGUCGCGGUGGCCGAGAAGAAGCUGAUGGCUUUCGGGGGCUGCGGAGCACAUUGCAGCCUGAGGAAGCCACUCCACCAAUGGACCCCAAGUCCAGCCCACGCUUGUCCAGAGCCAGCAUCUUCAUCUGUCAGAUCCUGCAGUUUGUCAGCAGGGUAGAUAACAAGUACAAAAGGAUGGACAGCAACGAUCGAGUCCGCAUCGUCAAUGCAGGCAAUCCAUCAUCUCUUCCCAGGUCAGGCUUUGAAACGAUGAAGCCAGAGGAUAUCCUGGACUCAGAGAGUGACCUGAAUAAGAGUGACCUGAACCUGAUCCCAUACAGUCCAGUGACCCCGCACCACUGCCCACGCAAGCGCCCUGUGCUCUUCUCUCCCAACAUCUUGGCGAAGACCAUCAUUCAGAAAUUCCUCAACUCUGGGGGGGCCAUGGAGUUCAACAUCUGCAAACCAGACAUCCUGACAAAAGACGAGUUUCUCAUGAAGCAGAAGAUAGAGCCCAUCAUCUACUCCAAGGAAAAGCAGGCCAGCACGUAUGAGUGCGUCACCCCAGAAAACAUCGAAGCCGUUGCCAUUAAGAAUAAACACUGUCUGCUGGAAGCAGAUCUGAACUGUGCCAAAGAUUUGCUCAGGAGAGAAAUCUACCCCAUCAUUAUCUUCAUCAAAAUUUGUGAGAGGAACAUCAAGAAAUUAAAGAGGCUACCACUCAAAGUGGACUCGGAGGAAGACUUCCUCAAGAUGUGCCGUGCCAAGGAGAAGGAGCUGGAGGCACUGCCAUGCCUUUAUGCGACCGUGGAGCCCGACUCCUGGAGCGGAGUGGAGGACCUACUGCGGGUCAUCAAAGACAAGAUCUUUGAGGAGCAGAAGAAAACAGUUUGGGUGGAACAAGACCUGCUGUAGGCCGUUGGGUGUGACCUCACCCAUGUGCAAGCAAGGACAUGCUCUGCUUUGUAGCACUUCUACAGGCAUGCAUCUCACACUGACACUCGGUGGGUGUUUGCAGCACCGGUGGAAUUACUGGUAAACAUCAAUGACAUGGGGACAGGAAAUGGUGCUGAUAUAUGUAGUUGCUCUGGAGUGAAUAAAAAAAAAAAAAAAACAGUCCAGGAAUGAGAUCUCUCUCAGAGGUGGAAGUACUCAUCUUUAGCUCCAGAUAUAUAAUUCUCCAGAUGUGUUGUCACUGGCAUUGUAAUAGUCAUUGGUACUACCCAGUAAGCCACAGUCCAUUGCUCUUGUAGGAUUGUUGGAUUCCAAUGAUGAUUUCUCCUGUGAAUAUUCACUGCAGUUGUCCUACAUCAUUUUGAAUAACCAUAAACAAGAUUGAUGUUGAUAAUUGUUAAUGAAUGUAAAGCCUUUAUCAUUGCAAUUUCUAUAAAUAUUGAAAUAGAACAGAUUUUAUUUUACCCUGUUUUUGUCUUACCAGUAUAUUGAUUUCCAGGCUACAGUACACUAGAGAAAAUGCACCGUUUCUUUUGCUGUAAUAUGUACAAAAUAUGUUGGUGAAUGACUGCUAGUUAAAGAUGCUACAAAAUUGUUUGCUGGUGAAUUAGUAAUGCAGUUGGAGGCACAUGGCAUUAAGUUCAUACGAUUAUGGUAGUGACUUGUGAGACAUUUGUUCUGGGUAUAGAACUGUUUAAUAGUCUGCCAAAAAGGGAACUGUCACCAAGAAGUUCUUGGUAUAUUUAGCUCUGAAAGCAAAAUGUCCCCUCUAAUAUGAAAAUAAGUGUUGCAUCAACUCUAAAUAGUACAUAGAGGGUUUAUAUAUUCAGCAUCGGAAUUGUACAUUAGAAGGUUUCUCUCUCUCUCUCUCUCUCUCUCUCUCUCUACAUAAGAGGAAAAAGAAUAUAUAUAUAUAUUCUUUUUCCUCUUAUGUACUAUCCUGAAUUGAUGCAUCACCUUAUUUUCUUAUUACUGUUAUGCAAACUUACUAGAGAUUAUUUGUGCAUCAUGACAAGAAGUCAUUGAAUGUAUAUGUAGUAUGUGUGUAUUUGAAUUAUAUUUAUUGUAAGCAAAUUACUUUCUGGUACAGACAAAAAUUAGUUUUGUUUAAUAUAGUUUCUAUUGAUUGUAUAGAACCAUAACCCUCUUUGCCAAAGUCUCUCUGAGUAGCUAAAGUAGUGAUGUCUGAGAUAUAGAAAAAGUGAGAGGAGUUGGAUUAUUUCUGAAAGUACAAAUGUGUCUACUAACACAAGUGAUGUAUGUUAUUUCACAUUAAAUGACCUUUAGAAGAUCA